UGUCUGGACCUGUGUGACACCAAGAUAAGUAAAGAGUGGAGUCAACAUAUCAAUGGAGCAAGUCACAGUCGUCGAUGCCAGCUUCUUCUUGAAAUCUACCCAGAAUGGAAUCCUGACAAUGAUACAGGACACACAAUGGGGGAUCCGUUCAUGUUGCAACAAUCUACAAACCCAGCACCAGGAAUUCUGGGACCUCCACCUCCCUCAUUUCAUCUUGGGGGACCAGCAGUUGGACCAAGAGGAAAUCUGGGUGCUGGAAAUGGAAACCUGCAAGGACCAAGACACAUGCAAAAAGGCUGAGUGGAAACUAGCAGAGUUGUUCACAUCAUGGAUUUUCAGGGAGGGAAAAACUUGAAGUACCAACUGUUACAGCUGGUGGAACCAUUUGGAGUUAUUUCAAAUCAUCUGAUUCUAAAUAAAAUUAAUGAGGCAUUUAUUGAAAUGGCAACCACAGAAGAUGCUUAGGCUGCAGUUGAUUAUUAUACAACCACACCAGCAUUAGUAUUUGGCAAGCCAGUGAGAGUUCAUUUGUCCCAGAAGUAUAAAAGAAUAAAGAAACCUGAAGGGAAGCCAGAUCAGAAGUUUGAUCAAAAGCAAGAGCUUGGAUGUGUGAUACAUCUCAGCAAUUUACCCCAUUCUGGCUACUCUGACAGUGCUGUCCUCAAACUUGCUGAGCCCUAUGGGAAAAUAAAGAAUUGUAUACUGAUGAGGAUGAAAAGUCAGGCCUUUAUUGAGAUGGAGACCAGAGAAGAUGCAAUGGCAAUGGUUGAUCAUUGUUUGAAAAAGGCCCUUUGGUUUCAGGGGAGAUGUGUGAAGCUUGAUCUGUCUGAGAAAUAUAAAAAACUGGUACUGAGGAUUCCCAACAGAGGCAUGGACUUACUGAAAAAAGAUAAAUCCCAAAAAAGAUCUUAUUCUCCAGAUGGCAAAGAAUCUCCAAGUGAUAAGAAAUCCAAAACUGAUGGUUCCCAGAAGACUGAAAGUACAGGUGAAGGAAAAGAACAAGAAGAGAAGUCAGGUGAAGAUGGAGAGAAAGAUAUGAAAGAUGACCUGACAGAACAAGAACCUAACAUGCUUCUUGAAUCUGAAGAUGAGCUACUUGUAGAUGAAGAAGAGGCAGCGGCACUGCUUGAAAGUGGGAGUUCAGUGGGAGAUGAGACCGAUCUUGCAAAUUUAGGUGAUGUGUCUUCUGAAGGGAAAAAGAAGCCUUCAGACAAAGCUGUGAAAGAAGAUGCAAAUGCAAGUUCUUCAGCAGCAGCGAAGAAAAAGCUUAAAAAGUGUCGUUUCCCAGGGAGUAUGGAAGGUUUUGUCACUCUAGAUGAGGUUGAUGAUGAGGAAGAUUUGGAACUACAGAAACUUUGUAAAUCGGGCAUGGCAUUUAAAUCUUGUGACAAAAAUGAUGAUGGUUUGGUUGAAAUUAAGGUGGACAAGAUGGAGGAACUUGAUCAAGAAAACGAAGCAGCAUUGGAAAAUGGAAUUAAAAAUGAGGAAAAUACAGAACCAGGUGCUGAAUCUGCAGAGAAUGCUGAUGAUCCCAACAAAGAUCCAAGUGAAAAUGCAGAUGACCAAAGUGAUGAAAACAAGGACUAUACAAUCCCAGAUGAGUAUAGAAUUGGACCGUAUCAGCCCAAUGUUCCUGUUGGUAUAGACUAUGUGAUACCUAAAACAGGGUUUUACUGUAAGCUGUGUUCACUCUUUUAUACAAAUGAAGAAGUUGCAAAGAAUACUCAUUGCAGCAGCCUUCCUCAUUAUCAGAAAUUGAAGAAUUUUCUGAAUAAAUUGGCAGAAGAAUGCAGGCAGAAGAAGGAAGCUUAAGAUAUUCAAGAAGCUUAAUGAUUUCAAAAGAAAAUAAUGGUUCUUUGUUUUUAAUGUUAACCUUUUUUAA